UAUUGUUUAUCAAUAAACGAAUGCCAAAUUACUACCUAGCACACGCAAAAACAUGACGUUUACAAAAUAUCGUGACUGAUUAAAAAUUAAAUGCGAGCCAUAUUUCGGUGCUCGCGUAUGAAGUUUGUUUACAAUCGUAAGCAUUGAUGGAGAAAGAACAAGAAACACGGGCUCUUCUAAGAAAGAAGUUUUUAAAAUCAAUUUUGUUUGCAAAAGAUAAAGAAGUUGUAUUUAACCUGCAUGAAAACACAACAGUGCUGGGAAAAUUUAAAAGUUGUGAUUAUGAUCCGGUACAAAUACUAGUAGCAGAUUUACAAACUCCAUCUGGAACUAUAAAUGAAGCUUUACUAAGAACUUCUGACAUUAUUUCCUAUACAGUUGAUCUACCUAAAGAUAAUACAACAUGAUUGUUCAGUUAACAUGUUCAAUAUGCUGUGGUAUUUUUGUUUAUAUUCAAACUGAAGAUAAUGUCACAAUACCUUACUUGAUGUACCUUCUUUCAUCAUUUAAUUGUUACACUCUUCAUUCAUUGUUAGACUCCACAGUUAACUUGUUUAAAUGCUGCCCAGGUUUUGCACAAAAUAAAUCAGUCACAUGAUGGGGACUGGAGCUUCUGUAACCAGAAGUCAAUUCAGAUAA